AUGCUGCUGGAAUGUAAAUGUCCUGAUCCAAGUAGGAGCGACUUCUGGGAUCUCAUCAUCCCAGUGCCAGUGCAUAGUGCCACCGAAUACAAGAGGGAUGAGGAGGAGGCGGCUCGCGUGUAUGAGGAGUUUGUGAAGGACUUUGGCGGGGGCCGGCCAAGCGGGACUGGCUUUGUGCGCGGCGGCGUCAUCCAGCCUGGGAGCAGGGGCGAUGCCUCCGCGAGUGGGUCCAGGCAGGAGAAGAAGCUGUACAUGCCCUCGCUGCAUGGUCCAGGCAUCGCUGGGGUGUUUGGUGACUCCAAGGAAGAGGCCGACGAUGAGCCCGCGGAGGCAGCGCCCGUGCCGCCAAAGGGCAGCAAGCCCAAGCGAAUCGAUCUCUUCCUGGAGAACAUGAAGAAGGAGCAGAUGCAGCGGGAGCUGAGGAAGGAGCUCAACCUCCCCCCUGCCGACGACGACUUUGCCGAGCGUGGGUCCCACGACGUGAACGACCCCGCCUCCACAAACCUGUACGUUGGGAACAUGGCCCCCACCGUGGACGAGCAGAUCCUGCUGCGCGAGUUUGGCCGCUUCGGCCCCAUCGGCUCGGUCAAGGUCAUGUGGCCGCGGGACGAGGAGCAGCGCCGCCGGGGACGAAACACCGGCUUCGUGCUCUUCAUGCUGCGGGACGACGCAGACCGAGCGCGGGAGGCGCUGGACGGCGCUUUCUUGCAUGAGAUGCCGCUGAACAUUGGGUGGGGCAAGGCCAUGCCCCUGCCCACGGCCCCCAUCUGGCCCCCGCCCGGAGGCUUGGCGGCGGUGCCGGUCGUGCCGCACGGCGCGCGCGACGAUGCGGCGCAGGGGCCGCUGGGCCGUGGACCCCGGAUCGUGGUGCACCCCCCCGCCGACGAGCGCACGCGCUUCGUCAUCGACGCCGUGGCCUACUACGUCAUCCGUGACGGCUGCUCCUUCGAGCAGGUGGUGAUGGAGCGGGAGUUGGGCAACCCCGAGUUCGCCUUCUUGCUGGACACCACGUCGGCGGAGCACGCCUACUACCGAUGGCGCCUCUUCUCCCUUGCGUCUGGCGACAGCCUGCGCAGCUGGCGGGUGGAGCCCUUCCUGAUGGUGGAGGAGAGCAACGCGUGGGCGCAGCGCGACCGCUUCGAGGACUGCCUGCGCCGGCUGACCAUGGCGCGGGAGGACAUCUGCGCUGCCAUGAUGUUUGCGUUGGAGAUGGCGGACUCUGCGGCGGAGGUGGCGGAGAUCCUGAGCGACGCCCUGACCCUGCCGGAGACCCCCAUCCCGCUCAAGGUGGCCCGCCUCUUCCUCCUGUCCGACAUCCUGCACAACUCCACGGCCCCCGUGCGCAACGCCUCGCGCUUCCGAGUCUGCAUUCAGCCCCUCCUCCCCGACAUCUUCCUGGGGCUGCAGGAGGCGUACCGCGGCGCCGACUCUCGUAUGGGCCAGGAGCUGCUGCGGCGGCACGUGCUGCGCGUGCUGCGCGCCUGGCGCGGCUGGUUCGUUUUCUCGGACGACUUCCUGGCGGGGCUGCAGGCCACCUUCCUCACCGCCCCCACGGGGCCGAGCGAGCUCCGCGCCGCGCACGACGCCGCGCUGGCGGCCGAGCUGGCGGCGCUGGGCGACGACGACUUGGAGGCGCGGUGUCGCGGCCUGGGGGUGUCGGUCGCGGGCGGCCGCGCCGACCGCCUGGCCCGCCUCCAGGCGGUGCUCGAUACAGCGGCAGAUGCCGGCGGGUGGACCGCCGUCGAGGGGGCCGCGGCAGACGACCGCGAGGCGUCCGCUGUGCCGUCCGCGGCCGCAGCGGGUGCAGCGGCGGAGCCCACGGGGCGGUGGGAGGCGGCGGGGGUCGCGGCCGUCCCCGUCAGCCGAACGUUGCAGGCGCUGCUCUUCAUGGCGAGGUCCCUGGCGAAGAAUGAACUCAGCGACUCUGAGGCGCCGUGGGGCCUGCCUCCGGCCCUCCUGGCGCAGCUGGAAUGGGCUGGUCGGGGCGGCCCCGAUCCGGAGCGGGAGGACGAUGACAAGGACCCCAACAAGAAGAGCAAGGACUACUAUGCAAAUGUGGGCGAUGUCAUCCGCACACUGAGGGACGACAUCCCCUGCAUCUUCUGGAAGCCUUUUGACUAUCACAUCUACCGCGACGACGUCGUCUUCAGAGACCCAAACAUCUCCUUCCGGGGCUUGACAAAUUACAAGCUUGUGAUCUGGUCGUUGACCACAUUUGGACGCCUGUUCUUCGCCGGCAAGGAGGUGUCUGUGGUCAACAUCUGGCAGCCAGAGGAGGGCAUCAUCAAGAUGAGGUGGCAGGUGCAGGCCCGGCCACGGCUGUGGUGGCUGGCCGAGGGCGUUUUUGACGGCAUCUCGGAGUACCGGCUGGACCACAGGGGGCUGGUGCAGGAGCACCUGGUGACCAAUGUGCAGUUGCGUGAUCCGCCCAUCACCAACCCGCUCCUCUACGGCCUGAAUCUGCUCAUGUCGCCCCGGCUGGCCCCUCAGCCCUCCCGAGUACCCUGCCCAGGGUCAUGGAGUGUGGGAAUGGCCGAGGAGGGUGAUUCACCGAGCGUAUUUGGCAGUGUGGACGCAUGA